AGGAUGUUCCCACCACAACCGGUAGCAGAUGGCCAUUGAAGCUUCAGCCUGCAGACAACCAUGAAGGCAAUUCUUCUUUUCCUCUUGUUGUUUAGCACCUGCCAGACAUCUAUCCUCUGUCAAGUUUUUGUGACCAUCCCUGCUAACAGGUCUCAGUAUUUCGAGUAUGAGAAAAUGUCGGUGGGCUGUGGUGAUUGGACGGCGUGGAGAUACACAACAGACGGCCUGAAGCUGUCCCAGUGUGCAUUGGGCUGGGGCGACAAGGUUUCCUCUAACUGCAACAUGAAAGCGGUCAAACUGUCCGACAGCGGGGUGUACUGGUGUCAAUCUAAACACGGAGACAGCAGCCAUACUGUCAACAUCACCGUGACUGGUGGACCAGUGAUCCUUCAGAGUCGUGUCCUCCCUGUGACGGAGGGAGAAAACGUCACUCUGCACUGUAAAACAAAGACGUCCUCCAACCUGCCAGCUGAUUUCUAUAAAGAUGGCCGCCACAUCGGGACAGGGAAAGGUCAAUGGACCAUUGGCAAUUUUUCCAAGACUGAUGAGGGUGCCUACAAAUGUAAAGUCCCUGAUGGAGAGUCUCCACUCAGCUGGCUGCUGAUGAAAGAUGAUUCUGCGCCUGCCUCACUCACAGCGUCCCCUAAAUCGUCUCAGCUGUUUGAGUAUAAGAAACUGUCUCUGAACUGUGGGGACCACCGCAGGCUUCAUGGGUGGAAGAUCUUCAGGGCCACAAGCUCCAACGCUAAGUCUUUUGGAAAGAUGUCCAGCUGUGGUGAUGACUGGGGGGUUCCUACCUCCACUGGCUGCGAGCUCCACGCUGCCAAGCAGGAUGACAGCGCAAUCUACUGGUGCGAGUCUCCUGGAAGGCAACGGAGCAACUCUCUUGACAUCAGUUUUCACGAUAAACCGGUAAUCCUGGAGAGUCCCGUCGUCCCUGUAAUGGCGGGACAAGAAGUCCCUCUGAGGUGCAGCACAAAGCAAUCCUCCAACCUCUCAGCUCUUUUCUAUAAAGACGGCUUGGAGAUCGAGACUAAGCUUGCAGGUCAGAUGACCAUCCGCCGGGAUCUUCCAGGUCACGUGACCAUCCUCCGUGUUUCCACGUCUCAUGAAGGCCUCUACAAGUGUCACAUCAGCGGGGUUGGAGAGUCUUCAGCCAGCUGGCUGUUUGUCAGAGCUGCCCAAAGCAAUACUACCAAGCCUCCAUCCCCUGUAUACCCCUCCCAGCUAAUGUGGACAGUGAUUCGCCAUCUGGUGGUGGCCUUUCCAUACUGUAUCGCCACCAUCCUCAUGCUGUGUACAUGUGCACAUAGGCCCAAAGGAAGGAACCAGCUUGUUUCCAUGGAGAUGUGUCCACCCAGCGAGGACGAUGAGGCCCGGGGCCGAGACUACGAUGACGUCACCAUCGAGCAUCAUUUCUAAACUCUCUCUCUUAUGUUUUUUCUUUCUGACUUUAUAUUGGUAUAAACUUUUUAACUUGAAUGCUGAGCCACAGGGCAUUUACUACAAAGGUCAGGUGGUAUUACAAAUUGAGUCUGAUAUGUAUCCAUGGGGAAGCCGACAUUUUCAAAAUGCUGCAUCAAUAACUUUUGAAAAGUAGAGAUUUACGCAAUUUUGACUAAUGGGCUCAGAAUUUUUUUUUUUUCUGAAUGAUCUAGGCAUUUGGAUUUUGGGUUUAGUAUCACAAUGUUGUAAAAUUCCUAGAGCCGAACUACUUAGCGCGCAAUAGAUUACCAAAGAUAAUAUCCCUAUAAAUGUACGCUAUAUUUAGAAUAUUUCCCCCGCUUUACCUUGCCGUCAGACAGCCCUUUAUGACGGGGAACUGAAGCCGUUACCUUUGCUCUCUUCAAAGCCAUCAGACACGGGAGUUGCUUGUCUACUGCUGUCUCGAUCGGUUACUAUGUUUGUGUAAUUGUGUGCCCUUCUUUUAGCGUUAAGGAAGAAAUAAAUUCUG